UGAUCCCAUUUGAUAAACCCAGAGACAGUUUGGAAGGAUUUUUUUUUUCAAACUGAACUGAUGCCAGUUCCGUAAUCGCGUGGAAAUCAAGUCCCGUGUUGAUAAUGAAUACUACACUCUGUGCACUUAGAUUUCAGCCUGUGCUGGUUAAUACCACUGAGGACUUCAAUGACUCAAUCCUCCUCAGCAGCAGGAGCAGCAAUGGAUUUUGUGAGCAAGUCUUCAUUAAAGCCGAAGUCUUCUUGACGUUAGGGAUCAUCAGCCUGCUGGAAAACAUCCUCGUAAUCCUUGUGGUGCUGAAGAACGGAAACCUACAUUCCCCCAUGUACUUUUUCCUGUGCAGCUUGGCAGCGGCAGAUAUGCUAGUGAGCAUGUCAAAUGCCCUGGAGACUAUCAUGAUUGUGAUCCUGAGCAAUGGCUACUUGAUCACUGAUGACCACUUUAUCCAGCAUAUGGACAAUGUCUUUGACUCAAUGAUCUGUAUCUCUUUGGUAGCCUCAAUUUGCAACCUCUUGGUUAUAGCUAUUGACAGGUACAUUACUAUUUUCUACGCUCUUCGUUAUCACAGCAUCAUGACUGUAAAGAAAGCCUUAGCUCUAAUUGGGGUUAUUUGGAUUGCUUGCAUAAUCUGCGGCAUCAUGUUCAUUGUCUACUCAGAAAGCAAAACUGUCAUUGUCUGUCUCAUCACCAUGUUCUUUACCAUGCUUCUUCUCAUGGCCUCCCUUUAUGUUCACAUGUUCUUGUUUGCACGCCUGCAUGUUAAACGGAUCGCAGCCCUCCCAGUGGAUGGGGUUCCUCAUCAGCGGACCUGUAUGAAGGGGGCUGUGACAAUCACCAUAUUACUUGGGGUCUUCAUUGUUUGUUGGGCACCUUUCUUCCUUCAUCUCAUUCUCAUCAUUUCUUGCCCCACAAACCCACACUGUGUUUGCUACACCUCACACUUCAACACAUAUCUGGUCCUGAUUAUGUGCAAUUCAGUCAUCGACCCCCUAAUUUAUGCUUUCCGGAGUCUGGAAAUGAGAAAGACGUUCAAAGAGUUAGUAUGUUGCUGUUAUGGCAUGAAUGUGGGACGGUGCAUUCUGUAAAUGUCCAGUUUUGUACUUGGUAUGGAAAGGGUUUACACACACUGGGUGUAUGUAUCUAAACUGAAUCAGCAGCUCCACAUUACAGUCUGUGAAGGAAGGAAGGGUACAGAAAAAAUAAAAACAAUAAAGAGAGAGAUUCUACUUGAUGUCUUUAGAAAGUUUUUCAAUAGGAA